CCGAAUCGACUCCCAACCCUAGAGAAACGGUUUUCUCCUUCCCGAAGAAAGAGUAAUGCUGAUAACCUUAUCUAACUGCAUUAUUCAGCUAAUUAUUAACGAGCAGAGAUUGUGAUCGUAGCUGGGAAGUGGGAGCGAAGUCGAUGCCAUGGCUGACAUUCUGGAGUUUAAUGACAUUUAUCAGGAGGUCAAGGGUUCCUGGGGUUAGGUUCUGUGCUGUGCUGUGCUGUGGCAACUCUCAGGAUAGAGUGAACGUGUGCAUCAGUGAGACGACUCCUAAUGACGGGCGUCUGCGAUUCAGUAAGCAGAUGGUGGUGUACAAAAGCAGUAAGACAGGCAAGGUGGACAGUAUCCCUGUCUCAGAGCUCAGCCAGGCUCAGUGGAGGCGAGUCUGCCUGGGCCACGGCAUUAAACUCUCCACCAGCAGCGGACACGUGUACAAAUACGAUGGCUUCAAAGACAGUGAUUUUGAAAAAAUCUCGGAGUAUUUUAAAGAUAAUUACAAAAUGGAGCUGAUCGAGAAAGACAUGUGUGUAAAAGGCUGGAACUGGGGCACUGCUAAAUUCAAUGGCCCAUUGCUGUCCUUUGAAGUGAGUGACACUCCUGUGUUUGAGAUCCCACUCUCCAGUGUAUCCCAGUGUACAACUGGAAAAAAUGAAGUCACUUUAGAGUUUCAUCAGAACGAUGAUACAGAGGUGUCACUCAUGGAGGUUCGUUUUUACGUCCCACCUUCCACAGGAGACGAGGGAGCGGACCCGGUAGAGGCAUUUGCCCAGAAUGUACUUUCUAAGGCAGAUGUGAUUCAGGCUACAGGAGACGCUGUGUGUAUUUUCAGAGAGCUGCAAUGUCUUACACCCAGGGGAAGGUAUGAUAUUCGUAUCUACCCCUCCUUUCUUCAUCUGCAUGGUAAGACGUUUGACUAUAAGAUCCCCUACACCACUGUACUGCGCCUCUUCCUGCUACCCCAUAAAGACCAGAGACAGAUGUUCUUUGUGAUCAGUUUGGAUCCCCCCAUUAAACAGGGCCAAACUCGCUACCAUUUCCUCAUCCUUCUGUUUUCCAAGGACGAAGAAAUAAACCUCACCCUCAACAUGAGCGAGGAAGAGGUAGAGAGGCGGUUUGAGGGAAAGCUGACUAAGAACAUGUCUGGCUCUUUAUAUGAGAUGGUCAGCAGGGUGAUGAAGGCUCUUGUUAACAGGAAGAUCACAGUGCCUGGAAACUUUCAAGGUCACUCUGGUGCUCAGUGUAUUACUUGCUCCUAUAAGGCCAGCUCAGGGCUGCUGUAUCCUUUGGAGAGAGGUUUCAUCUAUGUUCACAAGCCCCCAGUGCACUUGCGCUUUGAGGAGAUCGCUUGUGUGAACUUUGCCAGAGGCACCACCACCACACGCUCCUUUGACUUUGAGAUUGAGACCAAACAGGGCAACCAGUACACCUUCAGCAGUAUUGAGAGAGAAGAGUAUGGAAAGUUGUUUGAUUUUGUCAAUGCUAAGAAACUGAGCAUCAAGAACAGAGGCUUCAAAGAGGGUAUGAAGGUCAGAGACGACAUGUACAGUGACUCAGAUGACGAUCAGCAUGAUGCUUACCUGGAGCGCAUGAAGCAGGAGGGGAAGAUCCGUGAGGAGGCCAACGACAGUGAUGACUCUGAGGCGGGCAGCGAUGAAUCAUUUAACCCUGGAGAUGAAGAUGAUGAUGUUGCAGAAGAGUAUGACAGUAAAGCUUCAGCCAGUGAAAGUAGUGCUGAAGAUGCAGACAGUGGAGAAGAGAGCAAGAAGAAACCUGCUAAGAAGGUUAAACCUAUGAAGGAAGGAAAACAUAAAAAAGAGAAGGCGAUGAAGGAAAGCAGUGCCCCCAAGAGGCCAAUGAGUGCAUAUAUGCUGUGGCUGAACUCUAGCAGAGAUCGCAUUAAAUCAGAAAACCCUGGAAUCUCGGUCACUGAGAUUUUAAAGAAGGCUGGUGAGAUGUGGAAGCAGCUGAACAAAGACAAGAAAGAGGAGUGGGACGGAAAAGCCGAGGAAGCGAAGAAAGAAUACGAGCGAGCCAUGAAGGAAUACAGAGAAAGUGGUGGAAGCACCUCAAAAAAAGCAAGAAAGAAAGGAAAAAAGAAUGAGGAGAAGAAGAAAAAGAAGUUAGGUAAAGGAAGGGAGAAAGAGAGGAACAGGGCUGCUGGUGGGAAUGACAGCUUUAAGAGUCCAGAGUUCAUCUCCAGUGAGGAGAGUUCUUCCGAGUCCAACCGCGGCAGAGGUCGCAAGCGCAAGGGCUCGGCUGAUGAAGAAAAACAAAGCACUCCCAGCUCAGAGGAGUCUGGCUCAGAUUAAGACGCUGUUGGCAAAACCGAUCAUGAAAGAAAAAGACAGGAUUAUGGAGCUGUCCUGUCUCUGUCUUUUUUUAAAAAUGUGUUCUCUUAUUAAUGUUCUGUGCCCAUUCUCUAUUUGAUUUAUUCAGUAUGUAUCUGUGUAACCCAUGCUAACGUGUAUUACUGACGUAUCUGUUUAGCUGGUUGAUGCUAGAAUUUUAAGUAGCAAAUGUUUUGUGAAUACAGCGGGGUCCAAAAACUGUGUUCUAAACCGGAAAUAAGCAGAAAGUCUUUGAAUUUUGAUUAAUAAUUGACUUUCUAGGUCUACAUUACAAUGUAAAAUAGUCUGUGAUAUUGACCAUUUCAACUCCUUUGCAUAAAUGGGCAGAUUUUAUCUUUAAGGUUUAUCCGUGAAACUGAACACUGCUUUUAGUCAACACUCCGUAGCAAUCAUCAACCAUGCAAACUAUAUCUUCAUUGUGCUGGUUUUGUGCACAAGGGUUUCAUUAUGCUGGAAAAGGUUUAGGUCUCCUAGUUCAAGUGGAACGAAAAUGUAAUACUUCUGCAUCCAAAGACAUAAAAUUGUCCCAACUGUAUUUCUCAGAUUUGACUUUUCACUUACUGAUAAUGAUCAUUCAGAUCAUCAAGAUACUGAUCAUUCAGAUAAUGAUCAUCAAUGAUCUUUUAGACUUUUGGGCCCCAUUGUAUGACUUAUAGUUUGAAUAAGUCUGAUUGUUUUAGCCGGGGAUGUCAACCUCAAGUCUUGAAGUGCUGCACUGUGUUCUCUCUUCCAACACAAAUUUAGCUUAUGAAAGCUUUGGAAAUGAAUUCAUCAUUUGAACAGGGUGAUAAAUGAGGUGGAACGCUCUACUCUGAUCAAGCCUUUUGCAAGACUGGAGUCUGACACUCUUCAUGUCUAGUGUUUAUUAUACUGCUUUUAAAAAGCUGAAAGGAUAUAGAGACAUGAUUUGCUCUGCCAUAUUAUACCACAACGUUGUAGAAUUGUCUGAUCUGAUUAGUUAGAACAGUUAAUUUUUUAUUAUUAUGAAUGCACUCGUUCUGAUUCAUCAUUGCUAUAGAAACAACAUACACAUGAACAGAUUUUUUGUAUAAUGUGGAUAUGGUGACGUUUUUUUAAAGAGAUUUUUAUUUAUUUAACAUUUUUAGAAAAAAACAUCUAGUGCCAGUGCUGUGAACCAAUCAUAGGUUAAGCUGUUAAAAAAACCCUGAGAGUUAUUAACAGUUUAUAUUGUAAAUGAUAACAUGAAUUACAGACAUAUAGACAAAAAUGAUGAUGUGCCAACGUGUAAAAGACUGGGCACUGGCAAAUUGUUGCGAAUAUAGAGGAAUAAAAAUAAUACAAGUGAUACCAGGAACUAACUUGUUUCUCAGAUGUUUCACAGCAUUAGUUUCACUGUGAACAGACAAAAAUAAUAACGUGCCAUUGAUUCAUAUGUAUUUUUCUUUUUAGCAUUGUCAAAUUGCUGUGGUGUAAGAGGAAUAUAACACUUUGGGAUGUACAGUUACUGGGAAAUAUUGGUAACAUCACAACAAACUGUCAUUGAUUAUUGUCAUAGAACAGCAUGCCCAGGCCUUGUUUUAUUUCUUAUAUAAUGAAGUAAAAAAAAGUAAAGUAAAGUUUGAACUACACCCUAUGGACAAACGUUUGUGGACACCUGACCAUAAGACCAUUCAUAUGUGUUUUUUGAACACUCUGUUC